AGAGGAGUGUGCAUGAGGGCUCUGGCGGGAUGGAGGUGAUAAAACGCACAUCUUGAGGGUCUUUGGAGAGGCGCGCGUCACCGGAGGAAUGCAUGAAAUGAACUUUACACGCUUUGAGAGGCCUGUAGAUCCUUAAUGUGAAGUUCACAAGAUGAAAUAAUCAGAAGUAGUUCCCUCUGGAGAAGACACUUUAUCUGCUGCCAUCAUGUUUUCAUCAUUCUUCUCUAAACAUGGAUCAGCCAAUGAAACUCCUCUGUGCUUCUCGAUCAACAGCCCUCCUUUCGAAAACAACCACACCAUUGCCGCCGCCUACUUCUCAGCUGUGUUUAGCGGACUCGGACUGAGUUCAAACCUCUUCGCCUUGGUGGUGCUAGCCAAGACGUUUCAUCACACCAAGAGCCGGUCCCGUUCCUCCUUCCUUCUGUUUCUCGGUGGCCUGGUGUUUACUGACUUCAUGGGACUCCUGGUCACCGGUUCCAUUGUGGUUUCCUUCCAUAUUACACACUUCAACUGGCGUGAGCUGGACCCCCAUUGCCACUUUUGCAACUUCAUGGGCAUGUCCAUGGUCUUCUAUGGCCUUUGUCCACUGUUGUUGGGGGCCGCCAUGGCCAUAGAGCGUUUUGUGGGGAUAAACCGACCCUUUGCUCGUACUACCAACAUGUCCAAGAGCAGAGCCUUGUCAACAGUGGCCAUGGUGUGGGUCACGGCAGGUUGUAUUAGUCUGUUGCCUCUGGGGGGGCUUGGAAGUUACCAUCUGCAGAUGCCUGGAUCAUGGUGUUUCCUCAACAUCAGCUCUAAACCUCUGGACAUGACAUUCAGUUUGAUCUUCUCCCUGGUUGGUCUGCUGUCGCUGGUCGUGUCGUUCUUCCUCAACACGGUGAGCGUGAUCACCCUUCUGAGGGUGUGUUGCGGGCAAGACGGUAGUCAAAGGAGACGAGACUAUGAAGUGGAGAUGAUGAUACAGUUGAUCUUGAUCAUGGUCAUCACAUCUAUCUGCUGGUGUCCUCUACUGGUGUCUAUUGCGCAGACUGUGUUGUCGGGCAGCAAGCUCGAAGUUCGUUACCUCCUUCUCUGGCUUCGUUUUGCGACGGGGAACCAGGUCAUGGAUCCCUGGGUCUACAUCCUAUUCCGACGUUCCGUACUGAAAUGGAUUUACCCCAGUAUGGACUGGUCCCGUGGCUCAAUUGUCAGCCUUUACCCAUCGUUCUCAGCCUCUUUAAGGAAGCUCACUCGUGCUUCUUUGGGAGGAAUGCUUGGCCAUUUGGAACAUGUCCGACAAAUUCCAGACAGAUCCAAACAGGAGGAUACUCCCUUAUCAGUACAAAUCACUUCUGCCUCUUCUCAAUCCUUUAGCAAUUUAACAAAUUAAAACAUGUACUUGGGGCGGCUGUGGCUCAGGUGGUAGAGCGGGUCGGCUGCCAAUCGUAGGGUUGGCUGUUCGAUUUCCGUCCCACAUGACUCCACAUGCCGAAGUGUCCUUGGGCAAGACACUGAACCCCAAGUUGCUCCCAAUGGCAGGCUAGCACCUUACAUGGCAGCUCUAAAGUCAUUGGUGUGUGAAUAUGUGUGUGUGUGAAUAGGUGAAUGAGUCACAGUGUAAAGCGCUUUGGUAACCGCUAAGGUUAAAAAGGUGCUAUAUAAGUGCAGACCAUUUACCAUCAUUUGUACCUCUCUACGGGGAGAAUCUGCAAUGCAGUGCGCUGAUGGCGUUCUUUAUUUGCAUGCACUGUCUGUGUUGUUGUAGCACUCAACUUGAUAAAGCAAUUAUGCAAAUCAGGAUAACAACGCAAACACACCCCAAAAUUUCUUCCGAAUGCAAUUCGCACAUCACGAGUCCUCAUUUUGUGAUUCAGAUCCGAGUUCUAGGUUGUGGACAAUGCAGCAGAUUAUUAAGAUUUGGUAAACAUUACUGGGACUCAGGGCUGGACUGGGCCUUUUCCCAGUGUGCUGACGCACUUUGGGGCCAUUCAUGGGCGGACUGGCCAGCGUGAGAACCUGUGCGGGCCGGUGUGUCUGCGAAACAUACCGAAUGGGCCACGAGAAGCCAAAAGGACAGCGACCCC